GUCUGAUCCAUUUGUAAUUUUUUUCCUUGAGUUGUAAUAUUAUUUACAUUUCACCCAAAUAAAAGAGAGAGUACAAAAUAAAUUUUAUUUUAAAUUUUUAGUCAAAAUUCAAAACAUAUAAUCAUUCGAGAAAGUCAAUGAUUCCAAAAUUUGUCCAAAAACAAUUUUAAUGUUUGAUGUAUUUUUGGUAACUUUUUUAAACUUCUACAGAUGCAAUUGGCGCUUCCACAUCUCACUCGGCAUUCCCUUCUUCAGUUCUUCUCCUCAUCCUUCAACAAUGGCAACUAGCACUCCGACCCCGAUCUUCAUUUCCGCCGCCACACUCCGCCGCCACCUGACGCACGACUCCCUCAUCCGCCACCUCCACUCCACCCUCCCCGCCCAAAUCACAUCCCCAAUCCGCCACACUCACAACACGAGCCCCUCCUCCGCCCUCCUCCUCAUGCCGUCCUGGUCCCUCUCCCCCUCCCUCCCAUACGUCGGCGUAAAGCUGGCCACCGUCCAUCCCAACAACUCCGCCCUAAACCUUCCCGGAGUCCACGCGACUUACUCGCUCUUCAGCUCCCUCACCGGCCAAACCCUAGCCGCCAUGGGCGCCAACGACCUCACCCUCUACCGCACCGCCUGCAUCUCCGCCCUAGCUUCGAAAUUCCUGUCGAGAGAAAGCUCCGAGACGCUGGUGAUGGUCGGCGCCGGCGAAUUAGCCCCGCAUCUGAUCAGAGCACAUCUCACCGUGCGUCCUCGAUUGAAGAGGGUGAUAAUCUGGAACCGAACCCCAGUUAGGGCAAAAUCCCUAAUUGAGAAAUUGAAGGGUGAAAUCGGGUCCGAAGGCCCGAUUUUCGAGAGCAAUACGGUUUUGGAGGAGGCGGUGGGGCUGGGAGACAUAGUGAGCUGCGCGACAAGUUCAGAGACUCCAUUGGUGAAGGGAAAGGAGAUGAAGGCGGGUGCGCAUUUGGACCUGGUGGGAUCUUUCAAGCCUUCGAUGAAGGAAUGCGACGACGAGGCGAUUCGCAGGGGGAGAGUGUUUGUGGACUGUGAAGCAGCCAUGGAAGAGUCAGGGGAACUGGUUGGUGCUGUGGAGAGAGGGGUGAUUACCAGGGAGGAGGGUAUAGUUGGGCAUUUGGUGGAGCUGAUAAAGGGGGAAAAGGUUGGGAGAAAGGGAGAAGAAGAAGAAGAAGAGAUAACAGUGUUCAAAUCAGUUGGUUCUGCUGCUGUUGAUCUUCUUACUGCUCAGUUUGUGUAUGAGGCUUGCAUCAAAGAUCAAAGUGAGUAACAUGUUUUAAUUAAGGAAGUCCUUUGAAUUCUUAUAAUGUACUAAUAAUAUUGUGAUGGAAAAUGCUAUUUUGAUCCCAACAUUUGAGCCACACUUUCUUACAAACCUUAGAGACAUUACAAGCAUUUGACACUAUUCAGUAUCUG